AUGGAAUCGAGUAAAACAUGGACCACUAAUGGAAAUCAGGAAGAUUUAGUUGAAAUGAAUAUUCGAAUCGAUAAUGAACUUUUUCAACAAUUGAAAAGCCAUCAAAUUGAACAAUUCAAAGCCAAGUAUCCAUCGAAAACAUUCAACCAUAGAAUAUAUCGAUUAUUGAUAAAAAAACUACGCCGACAAUUUCUUCGACAGCGAAACGCGAAAGAACGUGAUGACAAACUUCGAUGCGAAGAAAUUCGAAGAGAAAAUGAUCCGUUGCAUCAAGCAUGGAUUAUUCAUCGGGAAAACCUUCGACAUCAGCGAGAAAUUCAAGAAGAACAGGAGAAUGAGAAAGCCCUAAAAGCAUAUGAACAAAGAGAAAUCCAACGAAAAAAGUUAGAAGAGAAGCAAAAAACAGUAUCCAUUUCGGCUUCCACGCAUAAUCCACUUGCUCCGUAUCAAGUUCCGAGCAUUGAACGUCCUCCAUGUGCAUUUUACUCCAAAACCGGUGUCUGUCGAUAUGGUGAACGUUGUCGACGUGCCCAUCCAAAACCAGAUAUCACCAACACUCUGUUAGCUGUAAAUAUGUACUCGAAUUUUGAAAUGCAAUAUGGACUGGACGAAGAAUACGAUCUGGAUAUUGGCUUGGAAUUUGAAGAAUCAGAACGAUAUGAAAAUUUUAAAGAUUUCUAUUAUGAUGUGCUACCGGAAUUUGAACGAUUUGGGCAAGUGAUAACGUUCAAGGUCUGUUCGAAUUCAGAAAUUCAUCUACGCGGAAAUGUUUACAUACAGUACAAAACGGAUUAUCAAGCCAUGCUAGCGUACAGAGCAUUGAAUACUCGAUAUUAUGCUGGUCGAAUGGUUCAAUGUCAAUUUGUAAAUAUUCCUAGUUGGUCAACAGCAAUUUGCGGUUUAUCUGAGCUCGGCAAAUGUCCGAAAGGUCGUCGUUGUAAUUAUUUACAUGUCUUUCGAAAUCCAUCAUUAAAAUCGAACCGAUCUCGAUCUGAAGAUCAUUCGACAAAGAAAAAAAAGAGACGUCACCAUUCCUAA